CAUAUCACAUGUUAGUGAAAGAAAAUACUUUCAACAAGCCAACAGAAGGGUUAGCAGAAUCUAGUGAGUUAUUUGGCACACAGUCAAAUGUACCCCGAGAAAAGAGUCAUUUGGCAGUACCUCCUAGUCGGCUAAGACGUUUAGAGUGAGAAUCGUAUGAAGAAUUCCUAAAUCGCUACACCUCUGAUCGUGUAAUGUUGUCUGCAGGUUUCUUUCUUUUUUUAACUCUCUUGGCCUCGCAGGAUCCGGUAGACGCAUCCCUGUGGCCAAAGUUGUCAGGAGCCAGACGCUUUCUCGAUCAGAUCUUCUGGGGAAACUGUCAUCCGUUCUUAAAUACGAAGUAAGUUAAGAAGCUUUUAUAAGUUACUGAUGCAUACCUUGCCAGAAAUUUUGACUUUUAUGCUUUCUGCGUACCAUGUUAAAAGAAGAACGCAGUGCAGGUAAUCGCAUACCAAUGUUAACGCCAAAUCCUUUCGAAACGGAGUUCAAAAAUUCUCGGGAGAAUUCGCGAAUCAAGUUGUUUGUACGUGCACCCUGCAGCGUACCGAUGGUCUAAACGAUGAAUGUAUCAACAUGGUUCUCAGGGUUCUCCGCAUACUCGUCCUCUAGGCCGCGCGAGAUGCGGUGGCCGGCGUCUGCACUAUUCACUUUAAUGACUUUGAAGAAAAUAAGAGAAAAGCUCGCCGUCUACCAAUUGCCAUGAGACAGUUGUUAGUUUUCACGCGAUUUGCAGUCCCUUCUAAGGCCCAGUUCAAACGUCGAAUUUCACGUGUGCCGAACUUAAUUCCCAUUUUAGUCCACUAAAAUAGUGAAAUACGGCAUUUGAUUCAAACGUCGAAUUCAACUCUCUGAUCUCCUGUCGAAUUUAACUCUGUUCGCUGUCAAUAUUCCCAGUUAAAAAAUAAUAAUUUACUAAAAUUCAUGCGUUAAGUUCGGCACAUGUGAAAUUCGACGCAAGUUUGAACCGGGUUAACAUAACAUAACAUUUUAUUAGCAUUCCCAUAUACAGAAAUGGCAUUGCUUUUAAACUAUCACAAUUAUAGAUUUAAUUAUAUUUAAAAUAAACAGACAGUAUUUAAUUAUAUGUAAAAAUUAGAAAUCUCUCAGUUUCCCUUGCUUUUGUUUUAUGGAAUAAAAUUAUGUAAGUUGAAAUGCUUCAGAGACAUAGUAUACACGUUUUUUUUUUACAAACAUAUGGAUCGAUAUUGUUAAAAAGAAAUAAAACCUUUUCCGAUUUGUUUAAGACUACGAAUUUGGGGUACUUGGCUCCUACGUUUUGAAAAAAAAUCGCAUCAAAAUUGCAACAGCCAAGUAAUACGUAAGCAGAGUUAAGUUUCGUCUGUGGCGUAGGCUAAAGCAGUAAUCGCAUUAUUAAAAUACCAAAACCGGAGGGGGGGUACUCAACAAAGUUUUAUACUGGUAGGCUCCACCCCGAGGUCUAACCCCGUACCCUUUUAUAAACCAUUUUUGACCAUUGACAGAAAAUUCACCCUUUUCGUGCGUUCCGAUUGACAAAUGGUACCUCUUUUCACAUAUACCUUAGUAUAGAACUUUUUGGCAUCCUUUUCAACUGCUGUAAAUGCACUGUCUAUAAAAAAAAAAUGAAAAAAAUACAAAACCAGAACUUUUUCUGGACUUUGCACAGUCGUAAAAUGCAUCGGUGAGCCCUUGUUCGGCCUUUUAACAGACCGACAUGACAGAUUUGAAUUCCUUACCCUUUCAUACUGACUUCAAAAAGUGAAAUCUCUACGGCCGCCUGGUUAGCUCAGUUGGGAGAGCGCCGGUCUGCUGAGCGGGAGGUCGCGGGUUCAAACCCCGGCCUGACCAACACUUAGGGUCUUUAAAUAACUGAGAAGAAAGUGCUGCCUUUGUAAUGACAUCUGCAAAUGGUUAGACUUUCUAGUCUUCUCGGAUAAGGACGAAAAACCGUAGGUCCCGUCUCACAGCACUUUCACUGAUCUGUUCUUGUGGGACUUAAAAGAACCCACACUACUGUUCGAAAAGAGUAGGGGACGUAGGUGAUGUGGCCAACCUUAACGGGUUGUGGGAUUGGGUAGGGAUGGCACCUUGCAUGGGACCUGUGAGUCCCGUUCGUUCCUAUUCCCUCUGGGCAGGCCUGUGUCCAGAAAAGCUUGUAAAACGAAGAAGGUAACCUUUUCGGUUUGAGAGCCUCCCCGUAUAGGUAGUUAUAGGAAGUAAUCUCCCCUCCCCCAUCUGGGAACGAAACCUUCUUUAGCAGAUAAGCAUGUGCCCCAAGGGAAUCGCUGCAUAAGCCGGCGUUGCAAAAUUGCUAUAUAAUUGGCACCAUGAAAUCACCACAAAAUCUCCUGUCUCUCUCAGUAGCCUGUACACAGACGUUGUUUUAUUUUUCUUUUCGUUCUUUUGAAAAACACCGGCGUGCGCGGAGCGCGAGAAAGAAAAAUAAAUAACUUCCUAAUUCUUCUUCCCUCACCCCUACCCCCUAGCCAUGGCGGUCAAUGAAUCCCCCGGGGUUUAUUUUUUAUCACACGCGCUCGACGGACUUUGAAGAGAAAAUAGAGGGUCUGUAAACAGGCUACUGUCUCUCAGGCCUCUGGAUUAUUCUUUUUGUUUGAUGGUUUUAAAAAUUCUAACUUUUUUUUUCUUCUUACAGUGACAACAAAACACAAGGGGUAUGUCAAACACUAUCUUAUUGUUUUCUCCUUUUUGACUGUUUUUAACUGAGAGGAGAGGUCGUUACGUCCCGUUGCCAUGGUAGCAAAAUUUCUGGAUGACAACAAACCGACACAAGUGGAUUCGCACUGUUUCAAACUUCAUCGAUCUUAAUCAAUUUCAUUUAAUUUGUCAAAUGUUGGCGAAUUUUUGUGGGGUUAAAUCCGAAAGGACCGUAUCUAAGUUUAGAAAAAGAAAAAGAAAAUUUUUGCGUUGUGCUCACCUACUUCGUAAUUAAAAGCAGUUGCGUGAAAUUAGGGAAUUUCACGUCGCAGUCAUGCAACGACGGCUAAGAAACGUACAAAAAAGCGCGAUGCACGUGCAGAGUUAAUGUUUUGCGGAUAUAAACCUAUUGCUUUUUUCCAGUUCUCUUUGCCUUCGCCGGCGUCGUUGCCUACGCUCCCUAUUGUUGUGAUCCAGAAUUUUGCUACCAUGGUAAUUUGACGUCACAUUUCUCCUCUCUAUAUGCCACUAAAUAUAAUCUUUCGACUUUGACGAACAAAAAGUCACAAAAUUGCAUUCAAAUCUUGCAUCGAGUAAAGUGUCAUAUAUUAAGACUAAUCAACUGGCUAUCAAAUUCUACUCGGAUUAAAAUGCUUUAGGAAUAUAAAUUUACUGGUAAAUGACCACGCAAUAUUGGAUUUCGGCAGGUAUUAGGCAAAGAAUUUAUGCGAGAAACUAAGCAUUUUUCAUGCUCGGUUUAAAAAAAGUUAUUGCUUGGUUUAAAAAAAAGUUAUAAUAGAACCUUGGGCUGCUUUCGGUACCGUUUUACAGUCCGUUACAGUCCUCGGGACUGUAAAAUAUUUUGCUUUUAUUUUGCCUCGUAAUCUGCUGCAGUCAAUCGAGAUUAUAUCAAGUAGCACAGAUAAUUUAUAAAAACUCAUGAUUCAGUUAUCUCUGAUCUUGUGUGUUAUUCCCACCAGUACAGUACAUCAAUUUCAGUGGAAUAGUUCAUGUUUUCAAGCUGUCGACAUUUUAAUUGGUGAACACUAAAACUUAUCAACGAUGUUUGUGGUCAGUCAUUUAUUGAGUGCUAAAGGCGUCCCCUGAAUGGAGGUUAGACCCAGGUGCUGGGACCCAAAAAAGUGUCCCUUUACCCUGAAUAGACGUGUCCCUUCAAUAGAGGUAAAAAAUACAAAGAUUAUGUCAACAAUUCUCUGGGACCACUGCCUGCAAUCUAGAAUCCAAGACUGUCUUAGAUUCCCAUAUAUGGGGCGACUCUCUGCUGAUGUGCACUACGUUUGGGGGCAUGUAGGCCCGGUUCAGACGCCGAACUUUUCAUGAACCGAACCUAAUACAUUUAUUAAGUGCAUGAAACGUUCGGCGUCUGAAUCAAUUAGGAACGCCUAAUACAAUUUGGAAUGGCUCAGGCGUUCUUUUCGCCCAGCCCGGCCGGGAAUUCCGCCUUUGCAGCGACUUUGGAACGGCUUUGAUUCGGACGCCGAACUUUUCAUGUACCGAAGCUAAAGCAUAAAUUAUUAUAACGUAUUUUGUAAGCAGUUUGACCAAAAUGAGCAUUUUUCUCCUUUUGAAUUUAGUUCAGCUGCAAUUAAGAUCGGCGUCUGAAUCAAUUCAGCCGUUCUUAACAAUCUGGGUCGGCUUUAAUUCGAAUUAGGUUCGGCUCAUGAAAAGUUCGGCGUCUGAAUCGGGCCUAAGAAUGUAUAAAAUAGCCAUUCUUUCACGUGAUUUAUAUUAACAGGUAGGUUUUCCUCCACCUUUGAGUAACUUCAAAUUAGGGGCUCACCGGGGACUUCAGGAAUGCAGAAAUCAGUUUGCGAACGACAGCUUGUGGAACUGUACAGUUGAUUGGAAGCACGUUGAUUCAGAGUUGCCCGUUUUUGUCAACAGCGCACUUCCUUGUGGUAAGAUUGUUUACAUUUGUGAUCUAAAAAUAUAAUCAGGUCUUAAUAGAUCCUACGUUCUUCGGCAUAUUCGUUUGCGGUCCUUUGUAGUCUUUUGUGGUUAAUAUUUGUACUUUAUGUAUUCUGGGGCCGUAACGUAGAUCUUUCAUAGAUCCAAUAUGCCGUAAUUCUUGCAUGGUUCUGUCCAUGUUUUAGAGGUUGGUUUUAGUCAAUUCUUUAUUUUCUCUGCGAGACAUCAACUUGACACUUGGACUCUUGCGCCCCAGGAGACACGUGGUAUGGUGUGAUUCUGUGGGUGUUGAGGGUUCUGGGUCAGGGUUUAAAUCAGAGUGCGCAGAUAUUUUUCAUCAGAGCUUUCUCUGGUUGUUACGCCAUACUGACGAGCCCCAAAGAGGGCGAAACAGCUGUCUAUGGCUACAAACCCGGUCUGUUUUGAGCUCUUUCGGUGUCGUGUUGAAUUGAUGUCUUGCAUAGUUAAUUUUCACGUAGAACGGUCAGCAUUGCAGUAUUCUGCUUGCAGAAUUUAAUAUGUCUAAAAAUAUAAUAUUCACACCUAACUGCAAUAAUGUUGUCAUAAAAAAUUUUAAAAAAGGCAAGUAGAAAAAGCUAUGUGAGUAAGACACACGCACGUUCAGGCAUCUGAUCUGACCCCGGAGAAGGGAGGGGGCAGAUAAUCGACCAAUAUUUGAGUAUAGGUGAACCAUUGAGGGUUUGAGACCCUACCCCUAUUUAAGGCAAAAAGUCCUAAUCCUAAAAAAUCCUUGGGCAUAACCCUCAUAUAGGACAAAGGACAAAAUGUAUGCCGUCAUUUAUAUUAUUGGCGUUGCAAUUGAGGAAAUUCGUGUCACAGUCACUGCUUUGGUAUCCCGUCUUGAAAUACGAACAAAAUUCAUCAAGCUAAUCAAAUCGAUCGUGCAUGCAACACCAUGUUUAUGAUUGGGACAGACACGCACGAAAUUAUAUAACUUGUUUAGGAAAGACUCAAGCUAUUCCCCUCUCCCCUCCCCCUCCCAAUGCUUUUUUGUUGUUGUUGUUGUUUUUUUUUAGCCUGUUGCCAGGUUUUUUUAUUGUUAUUAUUAACGAUUUUUUGACAGCAGUUGCAACAAAAUAAAAUAAAAUAAAAUGAAGAAAAAAUGGAGAAAAAAAAUGAAUCCAAUAAAUAAAAGAAGAAAAAAAAACAUAACAUAUAAUAACGGAAAGCCGAGGAAACGAAGCAUUUAAGCUACUACUAUCACUACACUUGACCUUCGCGCAUCUCUCUCAUGGCAUCAUUUAGUUUAGGAACUGUUGACGAGUUCUCUACAAAGGGACAGCUGAUGAAGUCAGUUUGAAUCUCCGUUUUUUUGUCUUAAAGAUAGAAUAAAAAUUAAAGAUUUCCUUUUAUUAGUAUGACAUAAGCAUCUGUGGUCUCUUCUCCAUCUGGAAUAAGUAACUUUCUAAAGCAACUUUUCUUUUUAUUGCUAGCUGUCUCCAAAUUGAGAAAAUAUUUCUUGUAUUCCUUUCACCGUGUUCAUACCAAGUAGCACGAGAACAGAUUUUUGAACCUCUUAUAAUAUAAUCGCAUUCUUUUUCGUACUCCAUUUUACAAGUUUCUAAAUUUUCCAGGCACUGCGGUUGGUGCCUCCGCAACUUUUUCUUCGAAUUUCCUCAAUCUUUCUUCGAUUUUUUUCAGCUUAAUUUUUCUUACGUUAGAUUUUACUUUGCUGUAUCUAAUAGUUUCUUGUCGAAUUCUUAUAUUUAAUGUAGUCCCAUUGUAUCCUUAGAUCUUCACAAUAACUGAUUUCACCGAGCCAAAUAGGAAAAGUUUCGCGCAUACAUUGGACAAAAUUGGAGUCACUGACUGGCAGUAGACUAUUAUUAAACCUCCAAAAUUAAGGACCUCUUGGGUAUUCAGCUAAGCUAUCAACUUCAAGAACAACAGCGGAGUGGUCUGUGUUGAUACCGGUUAUUUAUAAUAUCAGUUUUCGCGACAUCGUCUUGAAGUGAAUCGCUUAUGAACCAAUAAUCAAGUCUUCUUUGAAUUAAUGGGGUUUUUUUGACGCCAAGUAAAUGUUUUGCUUUCAGGGUUACGAACUCUCCAAAUGUCCACAAGGUCAUGGUCCAUAAUCAAAUCUUCCACAAACUUAACUGAAUCUCCGGCCCGAACUGUUUAAGGGUCGGUUUCAAGCACACAUUAAAAUCUCCCCCAGCUAAGGUUUUUUAGUUAGUCACUUGAUAUUCUUCGUCAGAAAUAAACUCAGACAGUGUUUGAAAAAACGAAGAUUGCUUUACUGACUUCUUAGGUGCGUAUAUAUUAAUCAAAAGAAAGGGAGCCCGGGAGCUCUAAAAUGUUUUUCCGUGGAGCCCGGAGCCCCGUCGCUUCGUUACUUGGAACCCUAAUACUAUUUUACUGUAGAGCCUGGAGCCCUCAAAACGUUUGCUGCGGAGCCCGUAGCCCCAAAUAUUAAAAUUCGGACAUUCUUGAACACAGAUAGCGUCAUAACGUGCUUUCUUUGUUGUUGUUUGCUGGGAAUCGGAACGACGAUAGUAAAAAGCCAGUAAACUAGACUGAGGCUAACUAACAUUCAUUCUUUUAAUUGUAAUGAGUCUAAUAAUGAUGCUGUUCUUGGCGUGUGCUGCAAUCCACAUGCACUUACUAUACCUACUUUUUAACUGCAUCAUGUUUAAACUCUAAAUUACUUAGACAUAUAUUUCAUGAUAUAUUGCUUGAUUCAGGUUUUUAAGCUUUUGUCCUACCUAGACAUUGGAAAAAUCCACAUAGCACCCUUCGACAGUAGGCAGUGUCUCAAGUGUCAGAUAUUUUUUACAGCAACAAUCUGUUCUCUUCCCCCUCCCCCAUCAUUCCUUUUUUUUUGGCUUUCGUCCCAAUUUUCUCGCGUGGAAACGCUUGCUACGCAGGCAAAUUUUUUUGUCUCAUUACCCGCGUAGCUAAUCGAACCCAAUCGAACUCCAAUCGUUCGAUUGACUUCGAGUGGGGAUCGUUAAUUUUUUUUUUUUUAAAUCAGGUGGGAAGGGAGGCUGGUGGGAUUUGAGAGGGGGGCACUAUGCAAAAAAAUAUGGCAAAAAAAUAUACCAGGAGUACCUGGAUAUCCAAAAUCCACCGCAUUAAGAGCCUUAAGAUACCCUCUCUGUCCCAUAAUAUUAUGGCUCUUGACUGCGUGAAAUCCAUUUUCCAAGACUGUCAUGAAUCCCUUCCAUGAGUGACUUUUUACUGAUUUUCUUACAGCCACUCCAGAGACAGCCUUUCUCCACGCCAUCAGCGCCGCCGCCAUUACUUACGAACUAACCCUAAAAUGCCGGUAUAACAUAGCGGGAUGCUCUUGUGUGACACGUCGAGUAUCUAAUAGUCGGUCGGUAAAGUCAGGAUGUGGAGAUAAUGUUGAGUAUGGGAUGGAACAGACAAGGCGAUUUUUCGAUGAAAUAGAAACUGGAAACGACGCUCGGACAGCAAUGAACAGGCAUAACAACAGAGUCGGAAGAGAGGUACGGGUAGUUGUAGUUACAAGACUGUUUGGGUUGAAGACCAUUUUAGCAAGUCUUGAUCUUUUGGUUUCUCACCUUAGGUAAGCAUCAAAAACUUGCUAAAAUGGCGUUUAUAGGACAGGUAACAGUAAGAUACCAACGCAGACACAACUCUUUAUGAGGAAUGCUCAAGACGUUUAAGGCCUGGGUCAAAGGUGUGUUCUGGACAUAUGAAUGAUUGGCAAUAUCUCCCUAGAACAAAAUGAAAUUUUUCCCCAAAAGUAAAUCUUGAGGUUUUUGUUGUGCCUUAACGUUUAAUUAUGGUCAUGUGACCAAAAAUUUGAAAUGAAGGAAAUUCCGAAUUAGUAGCGAACUUACUUUGUUUGGAUAAACAAAUUGGCAUUUCUGAGAGAUGUAAACAUGCCUAACUUUCUACGUUUGGAAUGAAUGUAAAAGAAGUUUAAAAUUAAAGUUUUCAAUAAUUCAAGAUUAAGUUUGGGCAUUUUAAAUGGUGUUUUUCCUCAUAACUUUUUAUUGAAGUUCAAAGGACGGUCAUUCCAAACGUGAAGUGUUAGAAAUAUUUAAUAUGAAUUAGAAAAACGUUAUUGCUAGAUUUCUUUUCUUAAACUGGCCACCAAUUGGUCAAUAAUUUAUGAUUAUUAGCAAAAUGGCCAUGUGACAUAUCACGUGACUUAUUAACACAAUAUUUAUUCCUUAAAAUCUUAAGGACGAUGAGUUCUUUAUGUAUGCCAAAUUUUGAUUCAGCGCCAUCAUCUAUGCCGAAGUUAUAGCUAAUAAAUCAUUUUCCACAGGUAAACCCCUUAGUCCCAGGCCUUAAACUAUCUGAGGUAUGGAACGUUUUUUUCUUUUCCUUUAUUACCCCCCCAGGGUUUAAAAGCAGUGGUUAAGUGUACUUACGGGGUAUCUAUAAAUGAGCAUGUGUUCUAAUCAUUUUUAGUUUUGAGCACCUUUUAAGAGGUUGGAACCCUUUUUUCCUGUUACAGGUAGUCGGAUCUAGCCUUGUUGACUGGUGUAAAUCAUGUCGUGACGUCAUUACACGAUCCAAGUUAUGGGCUCCUGACAAGUCGAAGACUUGCUGGAAGAUACUGCCUCCUUUUCAAGACAUUGGAACAAUGCUAAAGAAAAAAUACCACAAUGCUGUGCCGGUGUUGUUUGUUGGCAACAGGUUGAUGGAGAAAGUUGGUGAUAAUAUGAGAGCCAUACAAAACAACGAUACAAAGCUUGUUUAUCUUGAUCCCUCCUCGAAUGGCUGCCUCCGAGAUGACACCAUGACCUCACCCAAUAAUGAAAUGUUUAAGACAAAGUCAUGUAAGAGCGUAUCUCGCUACAAACCCAACUGCCAUUUUUUUUCAGCUCUGUGCAGCUAUUUCGGAAUGAGACAAGAAACAGUAACAGAAAGAGUGAGGAAGACUAGGAGACGUCGGUUCUGCUUCGAGGGUUACAGAAGGAGACGAACCUUUCACACGACCACGACAACGACCUGUCACAGUAAACCUCAGGGUGUUAAAGCUAUUUAAUCUAAGAGGGUUUUGUGCCUUUUUUUUUUCCUUUUCCCAUCCAUGCCUUUUUGGUGUCCAGUUUUGUGUUAAGAUAUUCCUUUAUGGUUUUCAGUAAGUUCUUAUUUUGCAUGGCAGUUAAUUUUGUGAUAUAGCGGCCCUGGGAAGAAGUUGGGCGUAAUGACAAUAUUGAGUGUUCGACUUACGGACGCGAGGGAUUAUACUCUAACUUCCCUCCAAGUCGUACUUUAAAAUUUUGGGAGACUCUGUAAUGCCGGCGUUGGACGAAAAUACGUUCAUAACUGGCGGAGUCGUCCAAUACGGAAUUGACUAUUUCAGCUCAUAAGUUAUGAGGUUCGACAGGAGUCAGGAGUUUUGUUCAGUGACACUCAAGAUUAUCUCCAUGAUUGCUUUGAUUUAAAAGUUUUAAGUCUGCUAUUUCAGAGCAUAAUUUGCAAUUUCUAGUGUACGUAGGUACUUUUCGUAGACACUUCGAGGCACGACAAAUACCGUAAACUGCCCCUUAUAAG